AUGGAAGAUGAUAGCGAAGUUCAAUCGAUACGCAACUUAACAAUUGAUAAUUUGACCCGAUUUGACGAAAACCCUAGUGAAAAUAAUUACGAUGAAUACGAAGCAAUCCUAGGUAAUAAAAAUAAUGUUUAUCGUAAGACAUUAUCCUUACUAAGGCAAUGCAAAACUGAAGAUGUUGCUUCGAAGUUUGAAAUAGUUAUUAGACAACACAAAGGAAGUCUUGACUAUUGGGAUGUCGAUGGUGGCUUUGCAGCUAUGGCGCUACUGGGUGAGGCUUUUACGCAAACGCUAGCAAAUUAUUUUAUAGCCAGAGUAGAUUCGAAUCCGUGUCGGCGAUUUAGGAAAGCAUUCUCGGCCAUUGAUACAUUGUAUGAUCAACUGCAUAGGCUAGUUACAGCAGGUAGAGAAAUAGAAGCCAUGAACGCAUGCCUUAGCGUUAUUCCAUAUUUCAUAAAGCAUUUCAAUACUAUAGAAGAUGAUGAUCAAUUAUGUAAACAAGUGAGAAAACUUCUGCGAAGAGCACAGAAUAAUAUUUUUCAGAACUUCUUUCAGUUGAAAACUAAAGUUUCCGAUAUGCACCGGCUACAUUCCAAAGAUUUAUUAAGUAUUUUACUAUCAAGAAACGAGCUGAUAAACGAAUUUGGAGCUACAAUCCUGCAAGCGCUAUUCUGGAUAGCUUCGGAAUUGGAAAUUGUAAUCACAAUAGAAAAGAGUAAUGAAAGAUUCUUUUUAAAGGCAUUAACCUUUAAUUCAAGCUGGGAAAUACUUAAGGACGACAAUAAUGCGAUAGCAAGUAUUUUUGACAUACUACAAAAUUUCCUAUUAGAAAAGCUGAGUAAAGAAUCUAGCAAUAAGCAGAAAGUGCUGGGUGAUAAAGAAAAGUGGCAAUUUUUAGGUGAUUCCCAUGAGGAAAAAAUAGAGGACUUCACUUUUCGGUUACUACGCGAUGUUCAGGAAGGACAUGCACGCUUUGAACUGAUUAAAGAGUUCCUUUCUGAUGGCGAAAAGACAGCGAAAUUAUACAAAAUUUUGCAUCGACACAAAUUAAUAACAGAAGAAAUUGCAAAUCAGCUAUUAAUACAUUGUGAAUUAUAUAUAACUGAAGAUAGAAAGCUCGAUAGAUGGCCUGCUGAUGGCGGUAUACAAGCUGUAGCCUAUGUAGGGAAAUUUUUUAAUGAAAGAUUCUCUAAUUUUCUAGUUACUCGUGCGAAUAUGUGGUUUAGCAUUUAUAUGAAUGAACAACGCAGUAAUCUUUUACUAGCUAUCAAGGCCUUACAAAUGAUUGAAAAAACUCUGCAUGAUAGCUCAGAUAUCGACGAUUCCCAUCAGACAGCUCUAGAAUCUUUAAGGAAAUGUCGAGAAGAACUUCCCUACUUCGAAAGCGUUACAAAAGAAAUAUUAGAGUAUAUAAGACCCUUUUAA